AAAUUAUAAUACAUCAUAAUUCAUAAUAUUCAUUCAGAAUUAGAAAAAAAUGUGUAGACCGGGUAGAUAUAAAUCUAAAUUCUAAAUCUAAACUCACAGAUUUCAUCAUCGUUAUUUUUAAAAUUUAGAAAUUGUUUAAUUAGAUUAGGCAUAGCGCCUAUCCAUUUCUAUUAUGAUCAUGAAGAUGAAUUAAUUCACAAUUUUAAGUAAUGUCAGCUAAGUGUUGAUCGGUGUUACGAUUCUGUUUAUUUUGACUAUUAUUAUUAGUUAUUAAAUUAAUAAUUAAUAAGAAAUAGGCCUACUGACUGCUUAUUUCUUAAAAAUCACCUACUCAAUUUCUUUUUGACUAUACUUAACUUUUAGGGUAGGCCUACAAAUUUCUGUAUUAAAAUAAAUAAAUUGCUGAAUGAGAAAAUGGAGAAAAAUAAAAUUGUAAGUUUCAUUCCAAAUCCAUUUGAGAAUGUUGAGAUGUCAGAAACUCCAGACCCUGACAGCUUUUUUGGUGACAACGAUUCUAUUCUUUCACCUUUUAAUUUUAAUACAGGUAAGUAUAUACUUACUUUUGCAUUUUACUAAAUUUUCUCAUAUUCAUAAUAUGAUAUCAGAUGCUAAUUUAGUGACAGCACAAACUUGACUUAGUCUUAAGUCUUAAGAAUUUAAAUAUCUCUAAAACAUUUAAAAUUCUAUUAAUAUUAGUCAGCUAAUAGCUAAUUAUCACAACAGUCAAUAGUAAAGUUUUGUCAUUCUUUUAAAUUUUGUGUUUUCAAAUUAAAUAGAAUAAAAUCCAUUGAUUAUAUGAAAGAACAAUAAAAAUAAUACUUAGAGUGAUAGAGAAGUAUAUCUGCCAGUUCUCAAUUAGACUUUAUUGAAAAUAUUUUAUGGCUUAUGGUCUCAAUUUUUUAUGCAUUAAUAAAAACAUUUUAAAGUAUUUUUCAGUAUAAAAUCUUAAAAAUGCAUGUUAAUGCAUGCAAAGUUGAAUAUUGACAUAUCUACCAGACAGUACAGAAAAAUUGUUGGCCAUGCAAUGCAUCUUAAUUGUUCAGUUAAUAUGUUACAGGCCAAGUGUGAAAUCCAGGCCCUUUUGUGAUGGUAUUAUUACUUUGCCUUAGUCCAUUCAGACAUCCUACAGAAUGCAGAGACAAAGUGUAUAAUUUCUUAUGUAUUUAAACUUUCUAUAGUAAUAAAAUACCUGGAUUACACACUCUUUGCCAGUAAUAUACACUUUUUAUGAAACAUCUCUGUAAAAAAAUUAAUUCCAAUGAUUAUUAGUCAAAUUUAUUUGCUUUACCAACUGGCCCACUAGCUAGUGGGUUGAAAGCAAAUGAAUGCUUAACUCAUAUGAGGCGAUGGUCCAUUGGUUAAGGAUAAAAAAAAUAUUAAAAACUCAAGUUAUAAAAGAGAUACAUUUUAAUUUUACUAUUAUAUUUAUCCCUAUUUCCAGUCAAUAAUUUCAAUUUCAAAGAUUAAUUUUAGUUAUUAAAGAAAUGUAUUGGGCAUUAUUGUGUUAAUUUUGUCAACAUUUGUUAAAAUUCAUCCAAUUAAUUUUUCUUUGAAUAAUUUGUCAAGAGAGUGAGCCAAACCAACAUGGUUAUCAUAGAGACCCAGGUGAGGUCAAUGUUCAUCAGUUUUAUCCUGUGCUUGAACAUUCAUUUAACCGCAAGCAGUUUGUAAAGAAGGACUUGAGCUUGAAAGCAAUUGCAGAGGAGGUUCAGAGAUCAGACCCUCAUAGCAACAGUUCAUCUGAAAGUGGUGGAGAUGUAAGUGUUUCAAUCUCAGAUUAUCAAUGAACUACAUUUUUUUAAGGACUGGGUAGAGAAAUUAUAGUUAUUUCAAGUAUUUGAGCUGAAGCUUAUUUAAAACAGAGUUUUGUGCAUUUUCUUAACUAAUUUAAUAUCUAUUUAGUACCUUUAAUGCAAUGAAACUGUAUGAGAAAUACACAUAAGCUAAUUUAAUCUAAAAGCCUCAUUGUUAACCUUGUGAAAAUAAAAUAACCUUGAUGUAAAUUAAAAUAUUGUUAUUUGAUUAAUUAUCAUAAUUUAUUUUAAUUUUAAAGUGUUUCAUGGUUUGUGCCUCAUAUGUUUUUGUAUAAGUGAUUAGAAAAUGCUGCAUUUAAAUAAUUAAAAUAUUAUAAAGAAUAAUUCAUUAGAUUUCUAAUUUAUGUUAUAAAAGGCCAGCAAUGAGGAAGGUGAUGGUGACACAGAAGCAAAGGAGGAUAAAAACAAACAAGAAAACGAAGAACUAAGAGAUGAGUUGAAUAAUGUAGAUAACACGAUCAUUGAAACAACCAACCCUGAAGAUGCUAUACAAGAUCCGUACCACUCUAUUGAUGGGUUAAAAUCUCAGGUAAUGUUGGUAUAAUCCAUGCAUUUUGCUGCAAAAAUACUACUAGAGUAAAUUAAAGAAUUCUACUUAGUGGUAGAGGAAGAGGAGUGUGGAUGGGCAAGUUCAUCCUGGGGGCAGGGGACUUUGUCUUUAUAUUAUUGGAAAGGGGGGGGGGGAUUUCAUCCAGCUUCACAGUUUUUUUUUAGCUUUGCCACUUAUUCUAAUUCUACUUCAAUUAUAUUCAAUUAAAUAGUUGCUUUUUUUUAAGCAAAAAAAAACUUAUAUUAUUGGAAAGGGGGGGGGGGAUUUCAUCCAGCUUCACAGUUUUUUUUUAGCUUUGCCACUUAUUCUAAUUCUACUGCAAUUAUAGUCAAUUAAAUAGUUGCUUUUUAUUAAACAAAAAAAAACUUUAGUAGCCUAUUAUUAUUUUUCUUCACGUGCUGUAUCAAAUAUCAUGAGCAUUUAUCCACAAAGUAUGUUAUUUCAGUAUUAAUUAUAUUUAUUGGUCCAUAUAAAUAAUAUUUGUGUACUGUAUCUUAAAUUUUACCUUUUAUCCAUAAUUCAUGUUCUUUAAUUGAUUUAUUACCAAAAGGAGAGUGUUUUUGCCACUGCUGUGGAUGAAGACUCACUUCAAGCUGCUUUAAUGAGAAAUCAAGGAACUUCUACACAAGGAAAUUGGAUAAAUAACAAAAUUCAUAAAAAUAUUAAACUUGCUAAAGUGAUUCAUGAAAGAGCUUAUGAACAGUGAGUUUUAAAUUGCAUCUCUUUUUUUUAAAUUUUAUAUUAUUUAGAUGUUUUAACUGUCAUAAUCUUUGAGCGUUUAGCCUUAACUGUCAAAAUAAUGUAUAUGUUCAUCCAUACUUAAAAACUUGGUAAAAAUUAAUCUUUAAUUUUGUUCACAUUCCUCUUUCACAUUUGUGUUUUUUUUACACUUCUUUAUAAAUAUUUUAUAUCUAGCUAUCAAAAAGCCAUGGAAAAUACUAAAGACCCAGUCAGUGUUGUAACUUUGCUCAAUAAAGCAAUUAGUUUAAAAUCUGAUGAGCCACAGUUUUAUGUCAAGAGGGCUGAAGCUUUCCUACAAUUAUGUGACUUACAGGUAACUUUCACCUUAAAAAAUUGUGUCAGAUUUUUUCAUAGUUUAGUUAUCUGCUCUAAAGUCUUUUAAUGAAAGUAGAUCAAAGUCAGUACUUAAGUAGAAUUUACAUUAAAAUGUUUCAUUUCUCUGAUGCAUCCAGUCUAGCUGGUUGAUGAAAAGCAACUAGUAUAAUGGAAAGUCGAAUGGGAUACUAAUUUUAUUAACAUUUCAAUUUACAUUGCCAAUAAUAAACACUUAAACAAUCUAUUUGUCUUGAAAACUAUUUACUUCACACACAGAAAUCACAUGAAACAGAGAGUAAAAAACUUAAUUUUGUUGACAUAGUUUUUUUUAGAUUACCAUUAAUUAAACUUGAAAAAACUCAUACAAUUUAAUAUUUGAGCAAAAAUCAAAUAAACCCUUCUUUCCACUACAUGUGGAAUACUAAUGAAAGAAUUAAUAAAAAAUGAAAGUGAAUAAUAAAUUCCCUGUCUUUGAACAUUUGUGAAGUUUGAAGUGUUUUUUUCUUUUUCUUAGUCUUCCAUCCUGAACUACAAAAAAGCUUGUCUACUGGAGCCUCAUAAUGAGACCUACUACUACAGGCUUGCCUUUCUUUACUAUUUCCAAGGGCAAACUUUAUUUGAUCUCAGCAUGUUUGCAGAAGCAUUAGAAUCUUUUUCCAGAGCUUCUGAGAUGGUCCCAGAAAAUGUUGGAUACCAUAUCAGGAGGCAAGUAUAAGGACUUUAUUUUCUGAUAUUUGAACUGUUACGUGUUCCAUAUAAAUGGAGAGGCAAUUAGUAAUUAGUGAUGCCCACAGAGUAGGUCAAGGUGGAUCUGGUGACCCCCCUCACUCCACCCCACACAGCAAGGAAAUCAUUUGGGCAAUCACAAUUACCCCACAAGUAGAUAAACAUUUUUGUAUUCAUCUCCCAUUUUUAUAGAAAUUUUAACAAAAAAUUUUAAAAAUUAAAUCUAUGUAUCCUUUUUUAAAAAAAAAGUAAUACAGAAUGAAAUUAAGUUAAAGUCAAAGCUAAUUCUAAUUAUGACUUGUUGUUUAGAGUCAUCGGUUGGUCUGGAGAAAGUGAACUUCAGUUUAUAUCUCAAUGUCAUUUUACAAUAAACUUCUUUAUACCCUGGGCUGGAAAUGAAUUAUUUUUAAUAUUCACCAAUUUCAAAAAAAAUAAUGAUGUCCGCUAGACAUACAUAUUGAUCCUUGUUUUGAUAAUUUUUGUGUUAAUCUGUGGUAUCUAUCUAAUACAUUAUUUCUAUUUACAUUUUUCAUUCCAGCUUAUCAUGCCUAGCAGCAUUACAAAGGCAUAAUGAAUGUCUGGCAUUGGUCAACAAAAGACUUGAGACAGACCGAAACAAUCCAGAUUUAUAUAUUCUCAGGGCAAGACUCCAUGAAAUGUUCAGAAAUGUGAGAAGUUUUGGAGAAUUUUCUUGGUUUUGUUUUUAUUAAAAAAAAUUUCUUUGUGAUUCUUUGUGUGUUUGUUUGAGUUUAACGAAGAGGAUGUAAUUUUUGCCCUAAAUGGCUUCAAAAUCAAUAUUCUUAAUUUACAAAGAUCCAUCAAUAUUAAGAAGUGGGGAGGGACAGUCAUUAUUUGUGAUGAUUAUGAGGGUGUCUAAAUUUUAUGACAAAUUUGGUACAGGUGUGGUGGCUGGGGGAGGGGGGUAAAACAUGAAAAAAUAGCUUAGUCAAAUACUGAAAAUUUAUGUUUAGUUGAUUAUAGCAUACAUAUUGAUUUUUCAGUGCUUAAUCGACAGUCUGAUAUAAUUUAUAUGUAUAAUGAAUAAACUGACAAAUAAUUUUCAAAAUUACUAAAUUAUUAUUUAAUUUUCUAGUGUAAUUAAAAUUUUACUCCAUUCUUUGACAUCAUGCUGAUCUACUUCUGUGUUAUUCACAUAAAAUAGCAGUAAUGAUUUAUAAAAAUGUGUGACAAACAAAGAAGCACAAUUUUAUGCCAACAUUUUUUUUUUAAACUCACAGAGUACCUUGUGUUACUAUGACAUUAAAGAUGCCUUGAGCCUUGAUCCCAACCAUACAGAAGCCCUUGCCAUGAUGAAAACAAUGACAAAUAGAUCUAACACAAACAAACUUCAAGCUAUGCAUCUAAAUAUUGCUGGAAAACAUAGAGAAGCGUUGCAGAAAAUGACCAUCGCUAUUGAAACAAAUCCCUCUGUCGCCGACUAUCAUGUGCUUAGGUAAAUUUUAAAAAUUGUUAACAACAUACAGAAAUUUAACUCAAAAUUGCUCUUCUUUUAUGUAUGAUGUCAUGAUCAGCCAAUAGUUUUAAUUAAAAUUUGUAAUGAAUAAAAUAACUAACAUAUUUAAUUGCAUAAAGUCCAUUUAUGGUCACUGCUCAUCACAUAAUUUAUAACAAUUUCCUUGGCACAUCAAAUGCUUGUUGAUUAGUCAAGCUCCCAAUUGUAUUCUUGGGGAAGGGAUGCCACUGACUGACUCAAUGUUCAGAUGGUGCCAUUUGUUGUCAGUAAAUGUAAUGUAGCCUAAUAUUUGAAACAAUAAUUAUUCCAGGCUUUGAGGAGGUUGUUCAUGUAAAGACUUUACAUUUUUUAAAUUUAAAAAAAAUGUUAGCAAUUAAUUAAAGUGCAUUUAAAUAAGUUGUGUGUUCUUUUCAUUGUUAUACAGAGGUGCACUGUACAGAAAGCUGAAUGAUUUCAAUGCAGCUAUUGAUGAUUUUCUUUUGGCACUGGACAAAUGUGAUCAUAAUGAAAAAGACCCAGUGUACAAGAAAUCACAGAGGCAGCUGCUCCUAACUUACAAUGAUUUUGCAGUUGAAUGUUUUCAUAAAGGUUUCUAUGAUGAGGCAAUUAUUUUACUGAACAAGGCAAUCAAGGGAGAGAAGAGCGAAAAGUCACUUUAUGUGAACAGGGGAGGUAUUCUCAUAUUUCUAUUACAUAAAAUGAUAAGAUGAUUUAGUCAAAUUUAGAUUUUGUUUUUUGUGUGUGCAUAUUCAGAUCAUAAAUAAUCAUAACAUGAGGUUAGCUUUUCAGUCAGUCAACCUCUGCUUCUGCCAAGGCCACAAUUUUUAAAGAUAACAUUUAAUAGAUUCAAACAUUUUAAUUUUAGACAACAGAUUAUAAAGCUAAUUAUAUAAACGUAAACCAGAUCCAAUGAUAAUGGGGGCGGGGGCUAGGGUACCAGUUAGGGCUAAUGGUGAAAACCCAAAUUGUGAGGCAAACCACCCCCUUGAAAAAAAGAAAAAACCAUUAAAAAAAAUAAAUAUGUUCAGAAUUUAAAAAAAAAAAAAAAGACUACUAACUCCUAAUGUGUAUCCCUAAGCUAUAGAACACACCUGUUGCACUAAGACAAAUGUACUAAAUCAUUUAGGGUUAAUCUGAACCAGCUUAUGUUUGAUAAGACUGCAUUAGAUUUUAGGUUUGGCCCUAUUUUUAUAGAGAUUUAUUGAUGAUGCCUAAAUUCCAGAGGGUCAAAAGCAGUAAAGUGUAGGCCCACAUAAUGUGUAUACAAAAUUAAUAAUUAAAUUAAAUAUAUCCUGACUUAAAAAUUUGGGACAAAGCUAUUGUUAAAAACAAGACAUUUGUUUACAAUCGUUUCGUAUUUUAUCUUAUUGUCUUCCCAGACUGUUUCUACAAACAAGGUCAACUGAAGUUUGCACUUGAAGACUAUCAUCAGGCUUUAGAACUUGACCCUCAAGAAUCAGCUAUCAAAUCAAGAAUUUCUAUUAUAUAUAAUGACUUUGGUGUAGAGCUGUUUCAGGACAAGAAGUAUUCUGUAUGUCUUUUUAAAAUUUUAUAUUAUACUUCUGCUACCUCCAAGAUAGAAUAUCUUCUUCACAAUUUAAAAUAGUGAUUUAUAAUUUUUAACAUUUUUAAAUACAUUUUUACAACCAUUUUUUUUUUACAGGAAGCUGAAGCAAAAUUUUCUCAAGCCAUUGAGUUUAAUCCUAGUGUUGGACAAUAUUAUGUCUCAAGAGCAAGGUGUCGUUAUUUGACUGAGGUUGGUAGAUAACAUUUGUUUAAUGUUGGUUUGGGAUGUCACAAAGUACAAUCUUGGCAUAACAUUAAAAAAUAACAGGUUUUGCUCAUAUUUUUAUUAUUGAAUUUUAAUACCAUAUAACUAUAUAUGAAAAAAAAAAAAUCACACACAAGGUUAUAUAAAGUUCUAGAUUAUUUUUUCUUCUUUCAAGUGAUUUUUAACCAUUGAGAUUCGCAUUCUUGAUUGUGUAAUUUCUUAAAUUUCAAUUUGACUUAAAAUGAGUUUUUAAAACUAAUUGUUUACAUUAGAUGUAACAUUUGAUAGCUUUUUUUCUGACAUUGUCUUUUAUGUAACUUAUAUGACAUUGUCUAUUAUAUAAAUCUGACAUGACUUUGUCUAUUAUAUUUCUGAUAUGACAUUGUCUAUUAUUAUAUUACUGACAGAACAUGACAGGUGCAAGAGAGGAUCUCCUCCUUGGUCUGUGGCUGGCUCCCAAAAACGAAGAGGUCAUUUCCCUCAUGUCACGUCUCUUCCCUGGAAAGUCUGUUGGUGAUGUCAUCAACAGUGAAGCAGCUCAGGUUGCACAGAAUGCCCUCAUGGCUGACACUGACAAGGCUCCAGCCGAACCCAGCAACCCACAAACCAUGUAAGUCUUCACAUACUGAAGCUCUUAAAUAUAUUCAAGUAAUUUUUAGCUUGUAUGUAAUAAAUAGUUCAAAAUUUCUAAGCUAACUUUGUCAGGCAAGAAUCUAAGGAAAUCUUUCACAAAAUUGAAAGAUUGCAUUUUUUAUUUUAUUUCCCACACUGAGCUGAAUAUGCACAUAGCUUUAAUUAAAUUAUUUUUAUGCAUUAUUUAAUUAUUAUUUUUACAACAAAAUAUUUGUUGACAGUGAAGGUGGUGAUGUUGCAUUUGAUGAGGAUACUAUAAAACAAGGUGAAGGUCAGCUAUCAAACCAGGGUGAGGCAACAAAAUGGCACCCUGGUGGCUCAAGCAAGAGUUACAGGAUGUGCAUGGAGGAGAGAGAGUUUUAUAUUCAGCAAGUUAAGGAGAAGAAGAAGGUGAUUUUAUACAUAUUAAACAUAUCCAUAUAAAUAUAUUAAUUGUAGGAUUAUAAUUUAAAUUUUGUAGAAUUGUUUUAUGAAGUAUAUUACUUUAAUGACUUUUUCCAGAUAAAGGACAAAAAUUUAAAAAUUCUAUUUAUCAAAAAUUUAUCUAUCAGAAAUGUACCUAUCAGCAUAUUAACAAUAAAAAUUCUUUUUAGUUUUGAACAUUUAUUCCUAUUUCAUGAUUUUUAUCUUUGUAGGUGGAGCUCAAAGUGAAAGAUGCCUUGAUCAACCGUAAAUCCCUUCAUUAUAAUGGCGGCAAAAUCAAUGCACUCCCGCCACCAAGAAAUCACAACAAUAAGAAGAGAAGCACAAACUGGAGAACGUUUACAUUGGGAGUUGGUGGUGCCCAAUGACCCUUGAAUACCUGUGGACUUGGAUGAAACAGUAUUUUAACAAAACAUUUAUCUUAACAAAUUUUGUGAUAAAGUAAUUUUUCACAAACUUUGUCAUUGGACUUCAGUGAGGUGUUUUUAGACAUGAAAUAAUGUUGUGUUUUAUCAUCGAAUCCAUAUCAAUCCUGAUAAACAGAACAUUUUCCCACGUAUCUAACUCAAUAAUUUCCCGUACAGUAAAGUAUAACUUAAACUGAUAUUAUUAUUACAAAAAUGGAUUUAUGUAAAAUAAAAUAUGGUGGCCAAUUUGGAAGAAGGGUCCAAUCUGUAAUAAAUGUAAAUUCAAUUUGUGUAACAAUUAUGAUGAGUGAAUCAUUCUAGUUACAGGUUCACAUUCUCAAUUUUUGAGCUACCGGUAUAAUGAAUACAUUGGAGCUUGUCAUAUUUUAGAGACAGAAUAUUUGUCUGAUAAAAAUAAGUCUAAGCUUUGAAGUUAUUGAAAUAAUGGGUUUUCUCCCACAGUUAGUGCUGCAGUAUUACUUGAAAACCUUUGAAUUGAUUUUAAACGUUAAUUUGUUUUUCAUCUUCAUAAACUUAAAAGAAUAUAUCAGUUCAUCAGAGUCUUUAUUUCCAUGUCUUGUACUUCUUUUUCCAGGCAAAAAAUUAAUCUUUUGUCAUUUUUCAUGACCCAAACAAAAGUGUAUGUGUGAGUGUAAUUUCAAAGUUUAAUUUCUUCAAAUUUAAUUUGAAACUUUUGUUUGUGUCAUGAAAAUGAAACUUGUUUGUGUAAUGAAAAUUGUGUGUGUUAUGAAAAUGAAACUUUUUGUUGUGUCAUGAAAACAAAACUUUUGUUUGUGUCGUAAAAAAAAAAUGAAACUUUUGUUUCAAAAUUUUUUGACAAAAAUAAAUGUUUUGUACAUAAAGAGUCAAGGUACAUUUUUU